AUGGAAGACAGGAAAAGUGAAGAAAGUGAUGAUCAGGAGUUAGAGGAAAUUGAUCUAAGUAUUUUCAAGUUCAAGGAAGUGCUUGCUGAGGAUAGUACCCGUAAGACGGCUUUUAUCUUGGUGGAUACGAAUGAUGGUAGUGAUCAAGCCAUUUUGAUUGUAGAAAGAUCUGCUUUUCCAGUAGGAGAGCAAGAAUGGAAUACGAUCAUGGCAAGAUCUUCACUAAGAACUUUAUCAACAAAUGAUGUAUAUUCGAAUCAUAUUUUGCUUCCACCAAAAAGAUUUGCUGGGAUCAGAACGAUGAUAAUAAGUCCAUGUUCCGAAAAACAUAUCGCGAAAUAUCGACAACAAAAGCGAUAUGUACUUCAUGAAUCAGCAGAUGAUUAUAAAUCCCUCACUUUACCUCAUCUAAAAGAGCGUCAACUUCCAUUGAACUGGGUAUAUAAUUUGUUGGAUCAUCGUGCUGAAGUGGAACGCAUAAUUUUCGAAGAUCAAGAUCCAAACAAUGGUUUUCUUCUUCUUCCAGAUAUGAAAUGGGAUGGUAAAGAACUGUCAAAUCUUUAUGUCCUUGCAAUAAUUCGUCGGAAAGGAAUAAAGUCCCUUCGAGAUUUGACAGGUAAUGACCUUCCACUUUUGGAAAAUGUUCGCCAAAAAAGUUAUGCGGCAAUUAAAGAAAAAUACGGACUCACCGAGCAUGAGAUCCGAGCAUAUUUCCAUUAUCAACCUUCAUUCUACCAUUUGCACAUUCAUUUCAUAUAUGUUUGUUACGAUGCACCUGCUAGUGCUGUCGCAAAAGCAUAUCUGUUGGAAGAUGUGAUCAACAAUAUAAAAUUGGUUCCUGACUUCUAUCAGCGAUCUACAUUGACAUUUGCCUUGAAAGAGAGUGAUCCAUUGUUAAAAGUAUAUCGUGACACUUAUGGUUGGUAG